AUGCGCGGCGCCCUCUCCUUGUUCGCCCCCAGAGCCGCCGCUUCCUCCUCCUCCUCCUCCUCCUCCUCCUCCUCUCCAACCCCCUCCCCCCCCGUCCGCUACGGCCGCGGCGGCGCCGGCAACAUCACCACCGUCCCUCCCCCCCAGCGCCCCUCAACCGCCCGCACAGCCACGCCGCCCAACCCCUCGCGGCCCUUCUUUACCGGCGUCGGCGGCGCAGGCAACGUCCGCCCCGCCGCCUCCGCCGCCGCCUCCGCCCCGGCCCCCCCCGUCCUUCUGCCCCCGCCCGCCCUCAGCGGCUUCUGCGGCCGCGGCGGCGCCGGCAACGCCUAUUCCCGCGACAGCCUGCUCGCUUCCGCUUCCCCCGCCUCUUCGUCUGCCUCGUCUGUCCGCAGCGACGCCGCCUCGGCCAGCAGCGCCCGCAGCUUCCUCGGCUCCACUUCCAGGCUGUUGCCCGUGCGGCUCGGGGGCCGCAAGACGUCGUUGGAAUGCAUGACAUGA